AUGCCUUCCAUAAAACGACUUGUCCGAAUUCUCCUCUACAUCCUGUUGACUGCACUGUUAACGUCAAAUGAGAUCAGCUACAGCACUACACCUCCUCGUAUCAUUAAAAAAGCUGAAUGCACUUUCUAUGAAAUUAAAGCACAUUGUGAAUUAUACGAUGACAUCGGCAAUGAGACCCUGGACAUACUGUGUGAAGAAGAAUCGAAGCGUAUCAGUUUGCUACAGUCUGAAAUACACAUGCCAAAUGAUAAGAUACAGUUCUCUUUCACGAAUUGCUUGCUACGACUACCGGAUGUAUUGAGUCAUCCAAACAUUGUUUACGAAGCAACGCUGAACUUUAAAAAACCGAUACCACAGUCGUUCUUCGCUCAUUUGAAUGGCAUUCAGAAACUAACGCUAUUCUACAGAGGUUCCAUGUUACCCACGAAACUGUUUACACCACUCAAAGAAUUACGUUUCCUAAUUGUUAGUAGGAUGUUUACCGAUGAUCAUAAUACAAUUGUGUCAGUCGAUACCUUCGUCGAGCUCUACAAUUUGGAAACACUGGCGUUCAGCACCAAAACGCAGAAUAUAACAAAAGUGCAUUUUCGUGAUUUACGAAAACUGCAACACCUAGAUUUGUCUCGGAAUGCAAUGCAAACGAUCGAGCCUCAACUCUUCUCAACGCUAACGCAGCUGAACUACUUGAGCUUGGUACAUAACAAAUUACGCGAACUACCGCCGCAAAUGUUGGCAGCGCAGCGCAACUUACUCAUACUGGACCUCAGCUAUAACCGCUUAGAGCAUCUACCGUUGGACUUUUUUAAGCACACACCUUUGCUGUGGUAUCUUCAACUUAACGGGAACCUCUUCAGCACACCGACAAGCAUUAUUGAGAAUAUUAGCGAAAUUGAUUUGUGCGGCAACUUCAUCACACAUUUCGAUAUGGCGUGGUUGCAGCAAGCAAAAUUAGUAUCUGACUUCGAGAUCGAUCUUUCCAACAAUAAGAUUAAACAUAUUAAUAUAACAACAGCAACAUUCAAUGCAACCAAUAGUUGUGGGACAACAAUAAAACUUGGCGAAAAUUUACUCGAGUGCGAUUGUAGAUUGAAUUGGUUGGCCAAAAACAAUUAUCUGCACAAUCCAUUCAAAUUGCAUUGCAGUUUAACACCGUUUGAGGAAUCUCAAAUCACAGAAGUACAGCGAAGUGAGUACUGCGAUUGGCUGCCAGCAUUAUGCCCCGCUAAGUGUCUUUGUCGCUUAGACACAGAAGCGCUGCUUUUAAAUUGCGAAGGAGCUGCGCUGACUGAGCUCCCACACCUGCCGCGACCGGAGCCAUUUUCGCGAAAGCUGUCAAAGCUUUCACUCAGUCAUAAUAGUUUUCGUCAACUGCCUUCGAAUGCCACGAUCGGCUAUGCGAAUGUGACGCAUCUCAAUGCCUCGCAUAAUCAACUCACCUUACUGCGACCAAUGGAACUGCCAGCCAAACUGAUGAUGCUGGAUGUGCGUCAUAACCGUUUAGAGCAUUUGAGUGUGGAGCUUUUCUCGGCUUACCUCAAUGAGAGUGAGUCACUGCAGCAAAUAUAUCUCGCUGAUAACCCAUGGAUAUGCGACUGUAGCGCUGAGUUGCUGUUACGCAUGGUACACACGCAACGUAAACGUAUUGCGGAUGUUGAUGAAAUGGUUUGCCAUAAUCGCCCAAGUGUCCGGCUACUUGAUGCGAAGUUCGAAGAUUUCUGUGGAACGAAAUCUGUGAAUUCAACACUGAUCUUUACCAGUGCCGCCAUAAUUAUUGGUUUGCUAAUUGUUAUAGUGCUCUACUACAAGUAUCAAUUACCCGUGCAUGUUUGGCUGUAUAGCCACGGCUUAUUGCGUUGUUGUGUCAGUGAAUGUGAAUUGGAUAAGGAAAAAAACUUCGAUGCAUUCAUCUCGUACGCGCAUCAGGAUGCACAUUUCGUUAAUCACACACUGCUGCCACAACUGGAGCAAAGUGAGCCGUCAUUUCGCAUUUGCACACACGAACGUAACUGGCUUGCGGGCGCUUAUAUACCCGAGCAAAUUGAUGAAUCGAUCGCGCAAUCGUGUCGCACGAUCAUUAUACUCUCACAGCAUUUCAUCGAAUCCGACUGGGCGCGCAUGGAGUUUCGCACGGCGCAUCAGUGUGCGCUUAAUGAGGGACGCGCGCGUAUAAUUAUAAUAAAGUAUGGCGAAAUUACGCAGCCGGAACGCGUAGAAAAAGAAUUGCAGGCUUAUUUGGAUAUGAACACCUAUUUGGAGUGGUCCGAUACGAGAUUUUGGCAGAAAUUACGUUAUGCCAUGCCACAUAAAAGGGGUGAGGCCAGCAAUGCCGGUAUGCUCGAGUUGAGCCGCAGAGUUUAUGUGACUGGACUGGAGGAGUUGAAUUGCGCAUAAGUGGUAAGGAAAAGACACAUUUUAAUCUGUGUUGAAAGAAGCAAACCGUUUUCUGUUUGCAGCAUAUAAUAACGCUUAACCAAUGAAAUAAGGCUUUCGAUACAAACUCUUAUUGAGACAAACCCGUUUUUUUAACGAUCAUAGCAUAUAAUAUUUUUCCAUCGGUAUCGACUAGUGUGGAAGCAAAAGAUCGAGACAUUCGGUUAUAGAACACCGAAACAGAUCUACAUAUGUAUAUGCUGUUCCAUUUUAGAAGAUCCUGUUGUCAUAAAAGUUCAAAGGAUUUGUUCGCAAUGAUAUUCGUAUAAAAUAUAUAUAGUGUAAUUCUAGAUAACUGUAUUCAAAUAACAUUAUACAUAUGUACUAUAUAUCUCUUAGCGAUCGUAUGGAUGAGAGAGGCUAGAUAUGUUUGUUUGCCUUCUAGGUUUUUCAUUUGAGCAUAGCAUUGUCAUAUUUGUAGUAGUUGUAUUUAAUACUGUCACUUAAAUCUUUUUACUAAAAAUAAAAGCUGCUGAAUUAUAUUCUUCUUCUUCUUCUUUGGCAUUACAACCGUGAGUCGGUUUGGCCAAGAACAUAAAACGCCAAGAAUCAGUUGCCUCUAUCACAUCGCCAUCUAUGUACAUCGCAAGUGCAGACAAGUCCAUUUCAACCUUUUAUCGGAUGUGUGUGUCCUUGCUUCCGUUGUGUACCCAUGAGACUAGAAUCGAAGAAGCAUCGUAUUAGAUAUGUACGACAUGGUCUAACCAGCGCAUUCGUUGGGCUUUUAUAACUUAACUAUAUCUAAUACUAUUCCAUCUUCGUGGGUACUCCUUUGCUCACGGGAACGACUCAAAGAUCGAGUGGAGAACAGUUCUCUCGAAUGCGGCAAGUACCUUCUCAUUUCGUCUUGUCAUCGUCUAUGAUCUACCGAUUCCAAAGUAGAAUCUUUUGUCAAGAGUUUUUCUGCGCUUGAUCUCCAGACUUAGAUUGUUCUAGCAUGUAUGCUGGUUCCGAGAUAAACAAAGUCCUUAUUUUUUUUCAAAUGAAGAGCUGCCAAACCUCGAUGAAUGUACUUUGUCUUGCCAUCAAAACUAACCUUUUUCGGAUCUCUUUUUAGACUGGAAAAAGCUGCGCUAUUGGCUCUGUUGGUAAGGUAAGCCUAUGAAAUCAAUGUCAUUUCCCUAUCUCAGUAGUAUAGUGCAUUUAGAAUAUAUAUUACCACCGUGGUUCAGUUUAGCGACGUGCAUCACUUAUUCCAGCAUUAUAUUGAAGACUACGCACAAGAGGGAUUCACCCUGUCUAAAACAUCAUCUGGUAUCGAACGACUCGGAGAGGUCCUUCCCGCUUUUGACGGUGCUAAUAGUUAUGCUCAAUGUCAUUCUUCAUAACCGUAUGAUACCAAAAGUAGGCUUUGAUGUCGACAAAAAGGUGAUGGGUAUCGAUUUGUUUGUCAAGGGUCUUUUUCAGGAUUUGGCGUAUUGUAAAAAUCUGGUCUAUGGUGGAUUUUCCAGGUCUAAAGCCACACUGAUAAGUUCCAAUCAGUUGAUUUACAAAGGCCUUAAGUUUUCCACGCAAUACUGUCGCAAGAACCUUGUAUGGUACGUUAAGUAGACUGAUCCCGCGAUAACAUACGCCCCCUUCUUGUGGAUAGGACAGAAUACACUCAUAUUCGAAUCAUCGGACAUGUAUUCAUCCUACCAUUGGACAUGCGACUUUCCACAUCCUCGCCGCCGUCUUUAAAUAGCUCAACCGGUAAUCCAUCAUUCUCUGGGCCUUUGUUGGGCUUAACCCGCCUUAGCGCUGUUUUCAACACGUCUUGGUUGAGUGAAGUGUCUCCGUACUUAUUUCUGUUUUCUGACUCUACAAUGUUAUGUGUAGCAUUUGAGUUUCCAUUGCUGAAUUAUAUUCAGCGCUUAUAAGCUGUCUAUUCGUAUUGUAUUGUAAUCUAUAGUAAUAUUAUAAAGAGGAAAUGUUUGUUUUUUUGUUUGUUUGUCUCGAAUAGGCUCCGAAACUACUGAACCGAUUUGAAAAAUUCUUUCACCGCUGGAAAGCUAUACUAUCCCUGAGUGACAUAGGCUAUAUUUAGUUUAAAAAAAAAUAGGGUUCCUUACCAAAACUCCGAUAAUGUAAAAAAAAUAACAAAUAAGCUUUUUAAUCGCGAAUGCUGCGAAAACGAUUGAAGAUAUAACAAAGUGAUGUACUACAAUUUUGUAGAACUUAUCAUUAUCUACAAAAAACGUCCGGACAUCAUAUCUCUAACUCUUAUAAUUUUGCAACAAUAAGCGAUUUUAUAUAAAAAAAAUUAAUUAAAAUACCACUACUUGAAAAUGCUCUUUAUUUAUACCUUAGUAUUAAUCCUUAUCGAAAUAAAUGAUUUAUUAUUUAAGAUCGCUUCAAAACCUUUAUAUAACUUUUUGAAUUAUUAGAUUCUGACAUUCUAUUCAAAAGAUAUCACGAGUUAAAAAUUUUGAAAAGCCGCUCGGCGGCUAACUAUGCGUUGUAGAGUUGUAGGCGUCACUCGGGCACGGAGGUACGGGAGGGGUGCUGUUCGUUAGUCUCGCAAAAAGUCGAGAACGGGACAAACCGUUCUGGCUAAUUUUAGUCUUGAAAUAUUCGUGGAAGGGCAGGAAAAGUUUUGAGAGUGAGUAAAUAUGGAAAAAUUGCGAGGAAGAUACUAAUAAGAGAACUUUAUUUGAGUUGACAAGAAAAAUAUAAAAAUAGAAAACAAAAACAAAAUAUUUUGAAGGUUGUCAUUGUUGCUUUGUUAAAAUAUUUUUGUUAUUGUUCAAUUGUAUAAGGUUGUGUCGAAAGCCCAAAACAAUUUGUAAAAAAUAAGGAAAGACUAAGUUCGGGUCCAACCGAACAUCUUAUACUCUCGCAAUUUAUUGAUGUAAUUCCAAUAAGAUAACACACAAUUUGACCUAUAUAUCCGACAUAAAGUCCAAUAGAAAAUCAUCAUAUAUAGUAUAUGAGGGCUGAUGUAAUUCCAGAACCAAUUUCACUCAUUUUCACCACCAAGGUUAACGGGUAUGGGGGCAACUUGGCACCUGUUAGUGGGCAGACAAACGGCACAUUCGGCCUUGAAAUUACUCCUAAAUUGCAAAUGAACGAAACACCAGUCGGCAAAAUCGCCAAAAAUAGUGCUAUAACGAAGAUUUUCCAAAUAUUCAAGAAGUCGCUGGAGAUACUGCACAGGACUUUAAAAGAUCUUGAUUGUCGAUGAACGUUUUUGGUGGAGCCAGGGUUCUGUUAGCAGAUGAUUUACGACAGACUCUUCCAAUUAUUCCUGGAUAAACGUUACUGACGGGCUAAUCGCAUGCCUAAAAUCAUUUAAUUUGUGGCGACACAUAAAGAAUCGCCAAUUACAAACUAACAUAUGAGUGUUUUUGCAACAAUAUCAAAUUGCGAUUGUAGAAGCAGUUGGCAGUUGACACCUCGAUGGAUUAAUAGCAUUUCCAACAGAUUUCUGUCACUUCAUUGACUCGAAGGAGAAGUUUUCCUGACAUGAAACCUCAAUAUGAUAACCAUAAAUGACUUAUUGAAUGACCUAUAUUGGUGGUAAAAAAAAAGAUAUCGAUGAUCUUAAUGCGACAAUUUAGAAUUUCGGUCCAAGAGACCAAACUAUUUAAAAUUGCCUGUACUAUCACCACUCAC